UCUUCUUCUUCCGGUUCACGCAAACAUGGCGCAACCCAUCCCGCUGUUAGCAGUGCGAGGGUCAGACGGCACCUCUCUGCUGUCCGGACCCACCUGUGAGCCGCUGGCCAACUUCAACAGGGAUGCGCGGCCCUCCAGGUGUGUGACCUUCAGCCGAGAUGGGUCUCUGUUCGGCUGGUGCAACGGACACAGUGUGUCUGUGGUGCGGUGUGCAGACGGCUCCCUGCUCUCGACCUUUGACCUCCCUAAGACCUCCGUGCUGAAGAUCUCUCCUCAGAACACCGUGCUGGCUACCUGGCAGCCCUACAGCAAGGCUCAGGACAGUGCUCAGGGAGACCCUAACCUCCAGCUGUGGGACGUACAGAGCGGUCAGCUGCUCAAAGCUCUGUUCCAGAAGAAGAUGGAGUCAUGGUGUCCCAGCUGGUCUGCAGACGAGCAGAUUGCAGUGCGGAGCGUCAACAACGAGCUGCACUUCUACGAGAACAACGACUUCAACACGAUCGCCAACAAGCUGCACAUGCAGAAGGUCUCAGACUUCACGCUCUCUCCUGGGGGGGCGCCCAGCAAGGUGUGUGUUUACGUCCCGGGCAGUAAGGGCGCCCCCUCCUUUGUGAGGCUGUAUCAGUACCCUCAGCUCGGGGGGCCGGGGGCCGCACUCGCUAACAAGAGCUUCUUCAAGGCCGACAGGGUCAGCAUGACGUGGAACAACAAGGCGUCGGCGGUGCUGGUGACAGCGAGCACGGAGGUGGAUAAGAGCGGAGCCUCGUACUACGGCGAGCAGACGCUCCACUUCCUGUCUGUGAGCGGGGAGACAGCACUGGUGCAGCUGCAGAAGAACGGGCCCAUCUACGACGUCUCGUGGUCUCCCAGCUCUUCUGAGUUCUGUGUUGUUUACGGCUUCAUGCCGGCCAAAGCCACCGUCUACAACCUGAAGUGUGACCCGCUGUUCGACUUCGGGACGGGACCGCGCAACGCCGCCUACUACAGUCCUCAGGGUCACAUACUGAUCCUCGCAGGCUUCGGGAACCUUCGGGGUCAGAUGGAGGUCUGGGACGUGAAGAAGUACAAACAGGUGUCUAAGCCCCAGGCUCCGGACGCCACCCACUUCUCGUGGUGUCCUGACGGGGAACACGUGAUCACGUCCACCUGCUCGCCCCGGCUGAGGGUCGGGAACCGGUUCCAGGUGUGGCACUACGGGGGGGCUGUGGUUCACAAACAGGAAGUGGCUGAGGGCACGGAGCUGUGGGAGGUCCGCUGGCAGAACCUUCCUCCAGGUAGCUUCCCCCAGAGGGCUGUCAGGUACCAGCAGGAGGCCGGACCCCUGGGGAGCACCCAGCCCCCCCCCACUCAGGCAUACCGUCCCCCCGCACUGAGACACCUGCCCCCCGCUGAGAGGGCCCGACUGCACGAGGAGGAACCCGCUCAGAACCUCCGACCCGGAGACAAGAGUCUCUCUAAAGCGGCUCUGAAGAACCAGAAGAAGAGGGACAACAAGAAGGCCGCCAAACAGGAGUUGAAGACUGACCCUCCGUCUGACCCCGCCCCCGUCAGCAACAACCAAUCAGAGCCGAGCAUCGGAGAACCGAGGACCGACAAGAAGAUCAAGAACUUAAAAAGAAGCUGAAAGCGACUCGAGGAGCUGAAGGAGCAGCAAACGUCUGGGAAAGUUCUCCAGAAGAACCAGCUGGAGAAGCUUCAGAAGGAGGAUCAGCUGCUGCAGGAGCUGAAGGAGCUGCAGAUCAGCCUGUAGACAAACACACACACACACACACACACACACUCACACACCAAAGAGAAAGAGUGUGUGUAAGAGACAUUUUUGGGAGGACGGGUGAGGGGGUGGCUUUUGUUCACAGGUGUGUGUCCCUCACCACACACACACACACACACACACACACACACAGACACACACACCGUUUCCUGCUUCCUGUUUUCAUCCAGCUGUUUAUCGCUGAGGACUGGACUCAUUCUUCUUCUGUGUUUGGAGGCUGCUGCAAGGGCAUUCUGGGAAAUGUAGUUGUGUGUGUUAAUGAAAUAAAAGAUGAAAUCACUGCAGAGAAAGAAAAAAAAACUCUCAGACCGAAAACUGAUUAUUUCCCAACAUGUUGAAAAGUUCCUUUAACAUGCAAAGUGUGUGUGAGUGUGUGUGUGUGUGUGAGUGUGUGUGUGUGUGUGUGUGUGAGAGAGAGAGAGAGAGAGAGAGAGAGAGAGAAGCCCUGUUGCUAUGCAACUUCUGUACAGAUGCUGAAGCCGUUGUUCCUUUCAGAAUAAAAGCCUGAAUCCAGUUG